UUUAGUGUUGCAGCUAUAACUCUCAAAUCUUACUCUGAUAACAUACCUUCAAUGUUCAACGGUCAAGUGCAUGUGAGAUAGAAUCGAUCGAUUUAUUGGGUGAGAUUUCCUUGCGGCGGAGAGAUGGUUGCAUAAAUAAAAGAAUGCUGCGAUGUUUUUUUCUUGUCUCAAUGUGAACGUCAACCGCCGCUGCCGUUGCCCUUCUUUUUCUUAAGAAUGCUGCGCAACCUGUGGAUCCUUUGUGUUCUCCUGUCACUGGCCGUUCUGGUCCCAGCAUUAGAGAAUGGCUUGGCCAGAACACCUCCGAUGGGCUGGUUAGCUUGGGAGAGAUUUAGGUGCAACACUGAUUGUAAAAAUGAUCCGGAUAACUGCAUAAGUGAUCGUCUUUUCCGAACCAUGACAGAUAUAGUGGUGGCUGAGGGGUAUGCCGCGGUUGGUUAUGAAUACAUUAACGUGGAUGACUGCUGGCUGGAAAAAGAAAGAGAUUUAAGUGGACAGCUUGUACCAGAUAGAGAGCGCUUUCCAUAUGGCAUAAAGAGUUUGGCAGAUUAUGUCCAUUCAAAAGGCCUAAAGUUUGGUAUCUAUGAAGACUAUGGUAACUACACUUGCGCCGGCUACCCUGGUAUACUGGGCUAUUUGGACAUAGAUGCUGCUACAUUUGCAUCCUGGGACGUAGAUUAUGUCAAAUUAGAUGGGUGCUAUUCACAUCCUGCUGAAAUGGAUAGAGGCUAUCCUGAAUUUGGUUUCCACUUAAAUCAAACUGGGAAGCAUAUGAUAUAUUCUUGCAGUUGGCCGGUUUACCAAAUCUACGCUGGUAUGCAGCCGAAUUACACAGCAAUAGCGGAACAUUGCAACCUGUGGCGUAAUUUUGACGACAUUCAAGACUCUUGGGCUAGUGUGGAGAGUAUAAUCGAUUACUAUGGUAACAACCAGGAUGCAAUCGUGUCCAAUGCCGGUCCUGGACAUUGGAAUGACCCAGAUAUGUUGAUCAUCGGUAACUUUGGACUAAGCUACGAGCAGAGCAAAACGCAAAUGGCGAUUUGGGCUAUACUGGCAGCGCCGUUGCUCAUGUCUGUCGAUCUCAGGACAAUCAGGCCAGAGUACAAAGCUAUCCUUCAAAACAAGAAGAUUAUCGCUGUGGAUCAAGAUUCGCUAGGCAUUCAAGGUCGACGGAUCUACAAACACAAAGGCAUCGAAAUUUGGGCGAGGCCCAUCACACCAGUUUCAAAUUACUAUUCGUACGCGAUUGCGUUCGUCAAUCGGCGUACGGAUGGCACACCGUCGGACGUUUCAGUGACUAAAGAACUAGGUCUGCAGUACCCUGGGGGAUAUCGAGUGGAGGAUUUGUACGAGGACGUGGAUUAUGGUAUAUUGACGCCGCAAACCAAGAUUAAGGUCAAGGUGAACCCGUCGGGUGUAGUGAUACUACGAUGCAAUUUAAACAUAGACGACGUGUUUCGCUACUCGCCGUAUUCGCCGUUAAAUCAGGUUUACAAAGUUAGACAAAACUCAUUUAAUUAAAUAAUCGUACAUCUAAAGUAUUACCGAAUUUCUAUCGGCAUUUUUAUAUGCGCGUUAUGUUCAAUAAUAUUAAUAUAUUAUAAGACAAAAUAGGAAAUAAAGAAUUUUAUAAACUUUA